UGAGUCUACCGCUCGGUCUGUCCGCCUUUUCUUUGGUUGAGCCAUCGGUGUGUCCCGAGGUGCCGCCGUCAUGGAGUCGUCCUCAGGCCUGGAUGCCUCCCUUUUGAUUGCGGUUUUGGUAGUUGGUGCAUCAGUAUUACUACUGUCUUUAAAGAGCAUGAGAUCCCCAAAGAAGAAAGACAUGAUCACAUUACUGGAUCCAAAUACAAAAUACUCACUGCCCCUGAUUGAGAAACAGGAAAUCAGCCAUGAUACCAAGAUGUUCCGGUUUGGACUUCCUACGUCAGAUCACAUUUUAGGGCUCCCCAUAGGUCAACAUGUUUAUCUCUCUGCCAAAGUCAAUGGCAAUCUAGUGAUCCGAGCCUAUACUCCUGUUUCCAGUGAUGAAGUGAAAGGCCACGUGGACCUUAUUAUUAAGGUUUACUAUAAAAAUGUGCACCCUAAGUUUCCUGAAGGGGGGAAGAUGUCCCAGUAUCUGGAUAACAUGAAGAUAGGCGAUACCAUCGACUUCCGAGGGCCAAACGGGCUCCUGAUUUAUAAUGGACAAGGUAACCUGGCAAUUAAACCAGAUAAGAAGAGUGACUCUAAGAUGAAGUUUGCCAAGAAUUUGGGAAUGAUUGCUGGUGGGACAGGAAUAACCCCAAUGCUGCAGCUGAUUCGGCACAUUACCAAGGAUCCUAAUGAUCAUACCAAGUGCUCCCUUAUCUUUGCAAACCAGACUGAGGAAGACAUCCUCCUGAAAGCGGAGCUCGAAGAAGUGGUAAAGAGCCAUCCGGACCAGUUUAGCCUGUGGUACACCCUGGACCGGCCGCCUAAUGAUUGGAAAUACAGCUCCGGAUUCAUUAAUGCGGACAUGAUCAAGGAUCAUCUCCCACCACCAGGAGACGAUACCAUGAUUUUAAUGUGUGGUCCUCCUCCGAUGAUCCAGUUUGCCUGUCAGCCCAACCUGGAAAAACUGGGCUAUGCUCAAGACAUGACUUUUGCCUACUAACAAAUUCCUGUUACAAUUAUAUUGUAUGCUGGUACUUUUUGUAUUGAACUUCAGAAUAUCUUGUUCAGAUGAUUUAGUCUCUUCUAAAAUAGUUUGCUUUUUAAAACAUUAAAAUAAACCAUUUUCAAAGUUGUCUUCUCUCAGAGUGAGUUAACAAGAUUUAAGUACACAAAAUCUCUUUCUGUUCCUGCCUUGUUAUCUUGCCUGAGAUUUCUGCAUGCUCUUGGUUCAGGGACCAGAGCCUGAGAAGCUGCAUUCAGGUUCAUUAUUUUAGAGAAAUAAACUUUGUGUAAAAUAAAA